AUGGAGCUGAGGAAGAGCGAGGAACCGCUCCCAGGGAGAGCGGUGGCUCUGAUCCUGCUCCUCUACGUGUCUGGGAUGAGAGCAGAAACUAACCGGUAUUCUGUGCCGGAAGAGGUGGAAGGCUCUUUUGUGGUGAAUAUAGCUAAGGAUUCGUCACUGACCGGUGAGGAAUUAUCGGCUCGACAGGCUCAGCUCGUUCCUGAAGGAGAAAAGCAGUAUUUACAGCUGAACCAACACACCGGAGAUUUGGUGGAGCGAGAGCAGAUGGACCAGGAGGAGCUGUGCGGGCAGACCGAGCCUUGCCUGGUGCGUUUCGAGGUGCUGUUGGAGAGUCCACUGCAGUCCUUCUGAGCUGAGGUAAGCCUCACCGACAUAAACGAUCAUGUUCCUAUGUUCUUAAAUACAGAGAUAGUUUUCAAGAUCCCGGAAACUGCAAUGCCGGGGGCUCGAUUUUUGUCGGAAAGCGCUCAGGAUCCAGAUGUGAGGAGCAGUAGUCUUCAGCAUUACAGUAUCAGCUCGAAGGAGUAUUUCCAUAUCUACACCCGAAGGCGGAGUGGCGGGAGGAGGUACGGCGAACUGGUGUUGGACUGAGCCCUGGACCGGGAGCAGCAGGCAGAAGUGGCUUUCAGCAUUACGGCUUCGGAUGGUGGGUCUCCACCGCGGUCUAGUACAUCCUUAAUGCUCGUGGUAGUCCUGGAUACAAAUGACAACAUCUCAGUAUUUAGCCGGAGUCUGUAUAAAGUCCGAGUGCUAGAAAAUAGCUCCCAGGGUACCUUAGUGGUGACAGUGUCUGCUAGCGAUUUAGACUCAGGAACGAACGGGGAAAUAGCCUACUACCUAGUUCAAAAUCCAGAGGAAAAUCUCAAGACCUUUACAAUAAAUCCAGAGACAGGGCAGAUUCGACUACAAAAGCCAGUGGAUUACAAAGAAACGAAGAUCAACGAGAUAGACGUCCAGGCCACAGAUGCAGGGCGCAAAACCGUGCACUGCAAAGUGGAGGUGAAAGUGGAAGACAUGAGCAAACACCGUGGUGGCCCUCUUCAAACGUGCGGGACCGGGACUCGGAGGACAACGGCAGGACGAGCUACUUUGUUCGUGGAGCUCCUGGACGUGAACGACAACGCUCCCAAUUUCGCUCAGGCCUUUUGCACCAUGGUGCUGAGCGAAAACAAGCCCGCGGUGAUGACGCUGGGCCGCCUGAGUAUGGACGCCGACGCGGGAAAAAACGCCCACGUGAGAUAUGCGCUGAGCCGCCCUCGGUAUCCCGCCGUGGCAUCAUUCGUGUCCGUGGACGCGGAGAGCGGAAACGUGAGGGCGCUGCGCCCUCUAGACUACAAGGAGGUCCGCGCUUUCGAAGCGGCGGAGCGCGCCGCCGACUGCGGCUCGCCGCUGCUCAGCUCCCAGGCGGUGCUGCGAGUGCUGGUGCGGGACGAGAACGACAACACGCCCAUCGUGCUGCAUCCGCACCCCGAGAGCAGCGCGGCGGCUGUCGAGCUGGUGCCGCGCUGGGCCGCAGGCGACCUGGUGGCCAAGGUGGUGGCGGUGGACGCGGACGCGGGGCAGAACGCGUGGCUGUCGUACGAGCUGGCCACGGCGCCGGAGCCGGGGCUGUUCCGCGUGGGGCUGCACAGCGGCCAGGUGCGCACGGCGCGGGCCCUGUCCGAGAGGGACGCGCCCCGGCAGAGCCUCGUCGUGCUGGUGCGAGAGCGCGGGCAGCCGCCGCGCUCCGCCACCGCCACCCUCGGCAUCGCCCCGGUGGACGGCUUCUCCGACGUAUUCCGGCAGCUCAACCACGCUCCUGCGGGGAGGCAAGGAGCGAGAACCGCUGUGCAGCUCGCGGCCGGCUGGCGAGAGGGAAGCCAACGCGGGGAGCUUGGUGGCUCCCGUUCCGCCGCCGGACGGGCCGGCCGGCAGGCGCGUGCACGCCCGAGCCUUGCCGAGACCCGCCUCCGUUCCCCGUCCUCAGGCUGGGAUUCCCGAGUCGGUGUAGUGCCGUGCCGUGCUGGUUCCUGCGUGCUGCCCCUGCGGAGAGGCUCCUGGGCGGCUGGUCCGGCCGGGCAAGGCGGCUGA